GGUUCUCAAUUAGUUAUAAAAAGUUACGAAAUAUUGAAAUAAUAAACAUUUAUGUGAAAAUAUCGUGUCUUAUUUCCGCGGUGUCUGAAUUCAAUUCUUGAGUAGAGCGUAGUACCAAAUUCAUUACUAUUAUAGUACGAUGGAAAGCUAAUAAAAAACGGCAAAGAAAAAAAAAAUGAAGCUAAGUGAGAGAGUAGGUUGGAGUGAUGAACGAGACGAGAGGGAAGGUAGUGUGCGUGACCGGCGCUUCUGGUUUCAUCGCUUCAUGGAUCGUGAAAUUCCUUCUUCAACGUGGUUACACAGUCAGAGCCACAGUUCGCGAUCCAGGUAAUCCGAAAAAGGUGUCGCACUUGGCUAACCUUGAGGGAGCACAAGAGAGGCUGCAUCUGUUUAAAGCGGAUUUGUUGGAAGAAGGUUCAUUCGACUCCGUUGUGGAAGGUUGCCACGCUGUUUUUCAUACUGCUUCACCUGUACGUUUCGUAGUCAACAACCCACAGGUUGAAUUGAUUGAUCCUGCAGUGAAGGGAACUCUUAAUGUUCUCAAAUCAUGUGCAAAGUCGUCGUCUGUGAAGCGGGUUGUCUUAACUUCUUCUAUUUCUGCAGUUGCAUUUACUGGAAGACCAAAAACUCCUGAAACAGUUGUUGAUGAGACAUGGUUUUCGGAUCCAGAUUUCUGUAGGGAAUUAGAGUUGUGGUACACGCUUUCAAAGACCUUGGCCGAGGAUGCUGCCUGGAAAUUUGUAAAUGAAAACAACAUUGACAUGAUUGUUCUUAACCCAACGAUGGUAGCAGGACCUCUCUUACCAGCAGAGAUUAAUGAAAGCGUUGAGCCAAUUUUAAACCUAAUAAACGGUAAACCAUUUCCAAAUAGAUCUUUUGGGUGGGUCAAUGUGAAAGAUGUUGCCAUCGCUCAUAUUCUAGCUUAUGAGAUCGCUUCGGCUAGUGGAAGAUACAUUUUGUCUGAGAGAGUCAUACACUACUCUGAGCUUGCUAGGACUUUACGUCAAUUGUAUCCUACAUUACAAAUUCCAGAUAAGUGUGAGGUAGAUGAGCCGUAUAUGCCAACAUACCAGAUUUCCACAGACAAGGCAAAGAAGGACUUGGGAAUAGAGUUUACUCCUUUGGAAGUGAGUGUCAGGGAGACUGUGGAAAGCUUCAGAGAAAAGAAGAUUCUCAACUUUUAAUCCGUGAUCUAUCCUAACUCUGAAAUAUGGUUUGUAUUAUUUAACACGACUGGAUCUAAAAGGAUAAAUUGCACACAUUAUUCCUGAAUUUGUGUGGACUUAUGCUUUAUGCCCUUUAUGAAUUUCAACUGCAUAAUGAUGAUAA